AAUAUUCAGAAAAGAUUCUGCUUCCUAACCUGCGAUGCAGCUAGUUACUUGGGAGACAACCUGCGAGGAAUAGGCUCCAAGUUUGUGAGGUCUUCUCAGAUGUUAACAUCAUGUUCAGAAUGUCCCACCCUUUUUGUAGAUGCAGAAACACUGCUCUCUUGUGGCCUUCUUGAAAAGCUGAAGUUCAGUGUUUUAGAACUGCAGGAGUACCUGGACACAUACAACAACAGGAAAGAAGCAACGCUCUCGUGGCUUGCAAACUGCAAAGCAACAUUUGCUGGAGGCUCACGAGAUGGAGUUAUUACCUGCCAGCCAGGGGACUCAGAAGAGAAGCAAAUGGAAUCUCUUGCACAAUUGGAACUGUGUCAGAGAUUAUAUAAACUGCAUUUCCAGCUGCUGUUGCUUUUUCAGUCCUACUGUAAACUUAUCGGACAAGUGCAUGAAGUCAGUUCCAUGCCAGAGCUGUUAAAUAUGUCAAGAGAACUGAGUGAGUUGAAGAAAAAUCUUAAGGACGCUACUGCUGCAAUCGCAGCUGAGCCUCUGACAACGGAAUCUGAGCCCACGUUCAAUUCUACGGAAGCAGCUAUUCAGUCCAUGCUGGAGUGUUUGAAAAACAAUGAACUUGUUAAGGCCGUCCGACAAAUAAGAGAAUGCAGAAUUUUGUGGCCCAAUGAUAUCUUUGGAAGUAGCUCUGACGAUGAAGUCCAGACACUACUGAACAUUUACUUCCGGCACCAAACCUUGGGUCAGACGGGCACCUAUGCACUGGUGGGCUCCAACCAGAGCCUGACUGAAAUCUGUACCAAAUUAAUGGAACUGAAUAUAGAGAUCCGCGAUAUGAUUCGCAGAGCUCAGAGUUACCGGGUCAUCAAUACUUUUCUUCCAGACGCCAGCAUUUCCGGCACAAGUCUCUGACAGGACUCUUGUGUCCUCUUGCAAGCUGGGAGCGCUGCCCUGUUGGAGUGAGGUGGCUCAAUGUCUUCUCAGCCUUACAAAGGUUUGGUCAAACUGUACUCGCUCUUGUUACAUUUAGGAUUUCUUCUAAAAAGAUAUGGGCUGAACUUCAAAUGUGUAGCAAUACUGUAAGGACAAAGGUAGCAUAGAGCAUCUGGGACAACAUCCUUUGUUCUCUGUUGCACAAAAAUCAGUUAGCAUUUCACUGAGCAACUGCAACUCACUACUGAAGAAAUGACUUCCAUUGCAUACCAAAGCCUACUACACUGAACAGUACUUCCUUUAUAGCAAAUUAAUUUUAGGUUGGCAAAAGUGCAAUGUUUCCUUCACAAAAUAAUAUUUUUUGUUAAAAAAAAAGCUUGUACAUUUUUUCCUUUUUUCUCUUACUUGGUUGAGUGAAAGAUGGGCAGAAUGAAGCUGGCCACAGAAUCUCGCAAACUUGUUGGUCAAAAGCUGAGAGCCUGUGUAUAUGAAACAAAUUGUAAAUGGACUACAGUUUAGUGUACACUGUAAUUUGAAUA